CCGCGUCCGUUUUCCAGGUUUAUCCCAGAUCUGUUCCAGAUAUGGCAGAUCUGUCCAGAUUCAUUCCAGAUCUGUUCUGGAUCCGGUCCAGGUUAUCUGUUCCGGAUCCGUUCCAGGUCCCCCUUUCCUCCUGUCUCGUCUUCAUUCCAGUCCAGCUCGGUGUUCCAGGUCUAGAUUUCCUUGUCCCUCAUGGUGGUCCCCCCUUGAAAGUACCGACCAGGGGGGACUGGCGCCCCCCUGGCGCCCCCCCGAUCGGGGCGCUGAGCCGUUUGUACGUCCUUUUCUGCCGAUGAAGGGUAUGAUGAUUGACAGUCCCAAUUGUCAGCGAGUCCUAAUCAGGACUUGAUUCAUUGAACUUGUCAUCUUCGUGAGUCUUCCUCCUACGUCCUCCUUUCUCUUCGGUCACGGCGGCCGCGCUGCUGGCUGGGCUUUUCCGCUCGAAAAGCUGGGCGAGCCAUAUGUCUUUUCCCUUUCGGCUCUUGCCUUCUCCGCCCUCUUCUUGUCGGUGAGAAAAGGCGGGCCAUCAUCAUUCACAUUCAUCAGGAUUUCAAGCCAACAAAGCUCAGUUCCAACCACGAAUCGCGCUCAACCUUUAGUCCUUCAUCUUUGGUGUUUCUAGUAGAGGGGUAGUCAAGAGGGCACUUCGCUCAUAUUCCUCCUCCUUUUCCGCCCGGUCUGCUGAGCACCAGCUCCAGCAGUUACUCUUUGCUAUCCCUUGCACCAGCCCAAUCGUUCAAGUACUCCUCCCUCCUUCCCCACCCCCCUUUGGACCAACCCAUCGGUCAGACAGCUGAGUGGGGAUAUAACCAUAAGUCCGAACCCGCGGAUUCAGAACAUGGCACUAUAGUAAUUUCAAAGACGAGCGUAGAUUGUUGUCCAGAGCGAGUUCCUGAGCUGCGCGCCAUUGCCGUGUGCGGUUCUACUUUUGCGUCUUCGCUUGCGUUUCCGUUUGCAUUUCCGUUUGCAUUUCCGUUUGCAUUUCCGUUUGCAUUUCCGUUUGGUGCAGUGGUCAGCGUCGCCGUUGCAGUGCGCGCCAUGAACCGUCUGCAUUUCCCGCCACGGCUGUCUGCAUUGCGCGUCAUUGCCGUCUGGACUACCUGCGCUGCUAGUGGAACCUUUUUAUGUAGGGGAGGGGGUCGGGGAGGGGGGGGGGUAACCAUGGGUGCAUUAUCAAUCGGUAACCCUUUUUGUGUGUGUGUGGGGGGUAACCCAGGGUGCAUUAUCCAUCGCUACGGGUGGAGGUUGAGAGCUUUGCGAAGCACAGCUCAGGUGCUGUUGGCUUGGAACGACCUGAGGAGCUGGACUUAGUCGAAAUGAGCAAAUGUACAUCGGGAUGUCUGACGUGGGAGGGGUGGUUCAGCAUUUGCUUCCGCGCUCGCCGCCGUUCCGGAUAUGGCGACAUAUGACGAGAUGAAAGACGUGAAGAAGAGGGGGGGAGGAGGGGGGGAGGGGGGGAGGGGGGGAGGAGGGGGAGGGGAGCGGAACGAGGGAGGUGUCUUCACGUCCGACUCCGUUGGAAGCACCAGUCUGACGUUCUUUAUGAACCAUCCGGACGAGUGGGAUGAAGGUAGUGUUCCCCCUUUCUUCCUCUCUCUCUCUCUCCCCCGCGCGUUUAUUUUCUGAGUUUUUCUUUCCACACCAAUUACUCUUACGUCUACUCUCUCCGUCUUGCCCUCGUCUUUAAAUCUGGUUGUGAUUUCUUUCCCUCUUCGUCGUUUCUUCUCUUCCCGUCUCCACUCGUGUGGCUUUUGUCUUCCCUCGCUCCGCAUUGCCCCACUUCCUCCUUUCUCUCUCUCUCUCUCUCUCUCUCUCUCUCUCUCUCUCCGUGUCCUCCCCCCUUCCCCCCCCGUUUCUUCCUAUGUUGCUCUUCUUCUGCCUCUCUCCUCUGACGUCUUGUUCUCUCCCUUUCCCGCCCCUCUUUCCCUCUUACUCCAUUUUCUCUUGCCCUCGUUGGCCGUUUCCUUCUCCCUUCUAUUUGUCAAAUUCCUCCCUCGCUCAGCGUCCCCCCCCUCCCCUCUCUCUCUCUCUCUCUUUUUUUUUUCGUUUUCUCCCUCCCUGCCGUCUUUCACGUGCUGUUCUGAGCGUGGCCCUCGUCUGUAUGGAUUAGCUUGUCACUGUCCUUGCCCCAUAGCAUCCUUGGGCAGGCGCUCGAAGUGGACAAUUUUCUUUGGGUAUUUUCGAGGGUGAAGUUUAGUUCUGUGAGGUGUACUUUGUAUUUCCCUCGGUUGAGGACAAAAGUUUUAGUCUCUGAGAUGUAGCUUGUAUUUCCCUACGAGGUAUUCGGUUGAUUGACAGACUGAUUGAUGAAAUGAUGUGGGUUGUGGUCUAGGAGGGGAGGAGUUUUUCUUUUGCUGAAGAACGGGUGAAAGGGUAUAUACAGGUCAGGCAUGAGACUCGCUGCUUGGGCCAAGCGUUGAGCUCCCGUGGUAGAGGUUUUCGGGGUUUUUUCCAAGAUAUAUUGGAGUUUUCCUUUUUUUUUAAAGGAUAAAUAGAAAGUUUGAUCCUUCUUUUUUUAAGGAUAAAUAGAAAGUUUGAUAGUAUAGUUUAGUUCGUUUCUCUUUUGGUACAUGUAUGUAGACUAUGGAAAAAGUAACUAGUGUUUUCAUACGCGGACAAGAAAGGGAAAGGAGAGAGAAGGUGGGUGGGUAGACUACUGGCGGAAGAGGGAUUGGAACUCUCGACAGAUAGUCGACUCGUUUGUUCUUUAGAUGAAUAAAAAGAAGGGACAGUAGGGGGAGGAGGCAGGAUUGAGCAAACCAGUUCGUGUAUGCUUUUUUUUUUUUUUUUUUUUUCCUCCUCCUAGAUAGUCGGUCUGUGUUCUCCUCUCGUCUCUGGAGAUGACCGACUCUCCUGUCAUAAUAGCCCGGAGACGUUCCCUCCUCCUCAUGAUUUUGUCUUCAACAAUUUUUUUUUUACGCGCCCCCAUUUGUUAUUCCGAAUUGGCAUUUUGUCUUCGAUGGAGAAGGAGAAGGGAGGGGUGUUUGCCAAUUUGAUUUUUUUUUUUUCUAGAUUCUUUUUUCUAAUGAGGACUUGCACAAAUUAAAUUUGGAAUUUGAAUG